AUGAAGUCCUCCAUGCUACUGCUCCUCGGAGCUGCGACAGCCGUCAUUGCUAGGCCUGCUCCCCACGAGUAUGUGGUUCAUGAGCGCCGUGAUUAUAUUCCCAACUCUUGGAUCCAGAGCAAGAAGCUAGAUGGGUCAACCACACUACCAGUGCGAAUUGGAUUGACGCAGUCGAAUCUGGAUCGUGGCCAUGAUCUUCUGAUGGAAAUGUCCAACCCAUCGUCAAGCAGCUAUGGGAGACAUAUGACGGAGGCCGAGGUUCAUGACUUGUUUGCGCCCAGCCAGGAUGCAGUUGAUAAUGUGCGAUCGUGGCUGGAAUCAUCUGGCAUAGCAGUGGACCGUAUCAGCCACUCGGCAAAUAAGCAGUGGUUGCAAUUCGAUGCCGGUGCUGAUGAGCUGGAGAAGCUACUCCAUGCGGAGUAUUAUCUCUACUCUCACGCUGAGACCGGUCGCUCACACAUCGCCUGCCGCGAAUAUCAUGUCCCCCACUCGAUGCGGGAUCACAUCGACUAUAUCACUCCAGGCAUCACCCUCCGGGAGGUGAGCGGUGUCUCUCAAGCUAACAAGAGGAGCCUUGACAAGCGUCGCAUUAAUGGUGGACCGGCCAGUAUCUUGCCCAUUGCACAGGGUCUUUUGGACGAGCUGCUUGGCGGCUUGGGCCUUUUGGAUCUCUGCGACGUGGCCGUGACUCCUGACUGUGUUCAGAAGAUGUAUAACAUUCCCAAGGGAUCCAAAGCAACUCCUGGCAAUGAGCUGGCCAUCUUUGAGAGUAUUGCCGAUGUUUAUGCCCAGGAGGACCUUGACAUCUUCUUCACUGGCUUUGCAAGGGACAUUCCAACCGGCACUCACCCUAAGCUCCAGGGAGUCGACGGUGGAGAGGCUCCAACUUCCUUUGCCAAUGCUGGUCCUGAAUCAGACUUGGACUUCCAAAUCUCAUACCCGAUCAUCUGGCCCCAGAACUCCAUUCUCUUCCAGUCCGAUGACAUGGUCUACGAGAACAACUACACCUUCCAGGGAUUCCUAAACACCUUUUUGGAUUCCAUCGAUGGCUCGUACUGUUCCGAAAUCUCCCCCCUGGAUCCUCCAUACCCAGACCCCCAGCCAGGCGGCUACAAAGGCCCCCUUCAGUGUGGUGUUUACAAUAAGCCUUCCGUGCUUUCAGUCUCAUACGGCGAGGCCGAGGCCGAUCUCCCCAUCGCCUAUCAGCGCCGCCAAUGCAGCGAAUUCAUGAAGUUGGGCAUGCAGGGCAUGUCCGUUGUGGUGGCCUCGGGUGAUUCUGGCGUGGCUGGUCGCGGUGGUGAUCCCACACCUAGCAACUGCCUGGGUGAGAAUGGCAAGGUUUUUGCCCCUGAUUUCCCUGCCUCGUGCCCCUACUUGACUGCCGUUGGCGCCACCGUCAUUCCCAUGGGUGCUUCGGCCAGCUCGCACCAGGAAGUGGCCGUCACUCGCUUCCCAUCUGGAGGCGGCUUCAGUAACAUCUACGAGCGGCCUUCGUACCAAUCGCAGGCCGUGGCCGACUACUUUGCUAAAGCAGACCCGAACUACCCUUAUUACGAGAGUGUCAACAACAACAGCUUUGGCGCGAACGGGGGUAUUUACAACCGCAUUGGUCGUGGCUACCCCGAUGUCUCGGCUAUUGGCGAUAAUGUUGUUAUUGUGAACAAGCUGAUCCCCACUUCCAUUGGCGGAACCUCGGCCUCGGCUCCGGUGUUCGCAGCGAUUCUGACUCGGAUUAACGAGGAGCGACUGGCUGCCGGCAAGCCGACCGUGGGAUUCGUGAACCCGGUACUCUACGCCCACCCAGAGGCAUUUUAUGACGUGACCCAGGGCACGAAUGCUGGCUGUGGCACGAAUGGAUUCAGUGCGGCAGAGGGUUGGGAUCCAGUGACGGGCAUGGGUACUCCUAAUUACCCGGCUUUGUUGAAGGUCUUUAUGAAUCAGUAG